AACCAGCUUAUUCCUGAGAAAACUCGAGAAAGGAGAAAGUAUAAAACAUGGCUUUACGUCUUUAUGGACUUCAAUCAUUAUCACGCAAUUUUUGCUUAAUCGGUUGUCGAAUGAUGGGUAACGAUCUCGGUGGAGGAGCUGGCAAAGGGGGAGGAACUGGAGGCACAAUCAGAGAGGCAGGAGGAACAUUUGGGAAAAUUGAGGCUGCCAGGGAGGAGGAAUAUAUCAGAAGACUGAAUGCCCAGCAACUGAAGGCUUUGAAAGAACACCUUGAUGAGGAGGUGCAUCAUCAUGAAAGAAUUAUUAAGGAACACCAGGAGGCUAUCAAGAGGCACAAGCAGAAAAUAUCUGAGCUGGCAGGAAAAUCGGACACUGAUUGAAUCUACAGGAAACUACUUAAAGUUUGCUAUCUGUAUUUAAAUAGACCAGUCAGACACUGUUGGACAAAUUGUGCUAAAAAAACUGUGUAAAUGUGAGAAAACAUUUGUGUUAACAAUAAAAUUGUGAUAAUUGUU